GUUAAACUUAACUUUAUUUUGUAUAUAUUAAUAUUUAAAAAUUCAUGGGAUAUCUUUUACUUUUUGAGUUUCCCGCGUAAAUAAACUGCUUAUCGGUUUUAUGUAAUCACACCAGCGCCGAAUUCGAAGUCGGCUUACCUUUGCUAUUUAUAAACCUAGAUAUCAGUUACACGUGUUCCUGUAGUUUUAGUUCUGUAGAUUUUAUGAUAAGUAGCUUUCGAUUUAAUUCAUAGUUCGAUAUAUUCCUACUUCUUUUAAUUCAUUUAAGAACUAGUUACUUCUAAUUUUAAUUUUAAAAAUGCCGAGUACUCCCGACUACAAAGUUGCCGACAUUAGUCUAGCAGAAUUUGGAAGGAAAGAACUUAUGCUAGCAGAGCAAGAAAUGCCAGGGUUUAAUGGCCCUAAGAAAAAAAUAUGGUCCAACAAAACCUCUUAAAGGAGUUAGAUUAGCUGGAUGUCUUCACAUGACGAUCCAAACUGGAGUUUUAAUAGAAACACUGAUUGAAUUAGGUGCUGAGGUAAGAUGGUCUAGUUGUAAUAUUUUUAGCACGCAAGAUCAUGCUGCCGCAGCUAUGGCAAAGAGCGGAGUGCCUGUAUUCGCUUGGAAAGGUGAAACAGACGAAGAGUACAUCUGGUGUAUAGAACAAACUUUAGAAGGAUUUUCCGAUAAAAAGCCCCUUAAUAUGAUACUUGACGACGGAGGAGAUUUGACCAACCUGGUCCAUACUAAAUAUUCUCAUUUGUUGCCUAAUAUCAAGGGCAUCAGUGAAGAAACUACAACUGGAGUCCACAACUUAUAUAGAAUGUUAAAAGAAGGAAAGCUUAAAGUUCCUGCUAUCAAUGUUAAUGAUUCAGUUACUAAAAGUAAAUUUGACAAUUUAUAUGGUUGCCGAGAGUCGCUAGUCGACGGAAUCAAACGUGCUACGGACAUCAUGCUUGCUGGCAAGGUGAGUGUCGUAGCUGGAUACGGCGACGUCGGAAAAGGCUGUGCUCAGUCUCUAAAGUCCUUCGGAAGUCGAGUGAUUAUAACUGAAAUCGAUCCGAUCAAUGCCCUUCAAGCUGCAAUGGAAGGUUAUGAGGUUACUACAAUGGAGGAGGCUUGUAAAAUAGGUCAAAUAUUCGUCACUACUACAGGUUGUAAAGAUAUCAUUACGGAUAAACAUUUUGUUCAAAUGAAGGAUGACUCCAUCGUCUGUAAUAUAGGCCAUUUUGAUAUCGAAAUUCAAGUAGCCUGGUUAGAAAAAAAUUCUAUCGAAAAAGUGAAUAUAAAACCACAGGUUGAUAGGUAUACGCUAUCGAAUGGAAGACACAUCAUUGUGCUGGCUGAAGGAAGACUAGUCAACCUCGGAUGUGCUACCGGUCAUCCAUCUUUCGUCAUGAGCAAUUCAUUUACGAAUCAAGUUUUGGCUCAAAUUGAACUUUGGACCAAGAAUGAAAAAUAUCCAGUCGGCGUAUAUAUAUUACCUAAGAAAUUGGAUGAAGAGGUAGCUGCUUUGCAUUUAGAUCAUCUUGGAGUUAAAUUAACCAAGUUAACGACUGAGCAAGCACAAUAUUUAGAUAUCCCAGUCGAAGGACCUUACAAACCAGAUUAUUAUCGUUAUUAAUUUAUAAAAUAAAAAUAAAAAAAAGUAAGAAAACAUUGAUAAAAAACAUUUUAAUAAAUAAAUAUAUUUAUUUAUAUUUUGUCUUUUUAUUUUUUAAUUAAACACUACAAAAUUCACAAUAUUUCAGUCUCUAUGGCUUGUUUCAUUAUAGAAAAAGUCAAACUUUUCAAUUACAAAGACAAGAAAUAGAUUUUUUAAAAACAUGUAUAGGUUUCCAAUACAUGGCAUUUUUAAACCGCUGUUCUUUGUAAUGCAAGCUCUUUUAAUUGGGCACGGAGAGAAGCGAUUUCUUCAUCCUUUGCUAUUGAUUCCCUUUUCAGCUUCAUUAUGGUCUCGGUCUGCUCAGCCAGGACACGUUGGGUGUCCGAAAUCUGAGAUUCAUCGAGUACUGCAAGAAGUUCACUGGAUGAAGGUCGCCUUUUGAUACUUUUGCUGAUCGCCUGACUUAUGAUGUUUGCCUA